AUGCCCAAAAGCAGUAUAUUUGAUCGUAUGCUUCAAAAACUUAAAAUUCAACGUUCUCGUGACACAAAAUAUCCACCUGAACUUGUUUCAAUGAUGGAAUUGCUACCAACGAUGCAUGAUGUCGCGGAUGAGUUGAUGACAUGCUCGGAUGCAAUCUCGCGACGAUUUCAACUUAAAGAUGAGACAACGACUGCAAGCGAGAAACUUGCUUUAUCAAUCAAACUACUAACUCCAAAAGUUGCUGAACAUAAGGAGUAUGCAAAUUUUUUAAAAGCUCAAAGUGAAAUGUAUGAUAUAAUCGGUAAUAUGCAACGCACAAUGUAUACUGAAAUUCAGGAUCGGGUGACAAAUCAACUGAAAACUUGGGUUCUAUCUGAUUAUCAACGUAUUAUAAAUUCAAUUGAACUAUUAAAAGAGAAACGAUAUCAAAUGGAUAUUGUAACGAUGGAAGUUGAAAAGAUUGGCUCAAAAGAUGAAAAGACGGAAACAGCUCAAAGCUUUAAGGUGGAACAAUCUCGAAAAGAUUAUGAGAUGCAAUUAGCUUUGGUUAAAGCUGAUUUGCGCAAAAUUCCAGCAAUUCUAAUUGAUCAAGCAACUUGUUUAAAGCAUUUCAACGAAUUGAUGGCUGACUAUCACAAGCAAAUGGAGGAAGUAUUGGAAAAAUUUGGUGCUGGAAAAGUUUAA